AUGAUCGGGCGGCGCCUCAGCCAGCAAGUAUCGGUGCGCUCCACAGCGCGCUGCGAGCCAGUCCCCGGCGCCAGCAGCACCAGCCGCGCCCCGGCCGCCGCCGCCAGCAAGCACAGCCCCGCCGCCGGCAGCCACGACACCCGCGCCACGCUCUCUCCCAGCUCCAGCACGCGCACGCAGCGCCCCGAGCUGGUCUCCCACACUGCCACACUCACACACUACAGACCCUGUACUAUGUCUACUACUGCUCUCUCCCAGCUCCAGCACGCGCACGCAGCGCCCCGAGCUGGUCUCCCACACUGCCACACUCACACACUACAGACCCUGUACUAUGUCUACUACUGCUCUCUCCCAGCUCCAGCACGCGCACGCAGCGCCCCGAGCUGGUCUCCCACACUGCCACACUCACACACUACAGACCCUGUACUAUGUCUACUACUGCUCUCUCCCAGCUCCAGCACGCGCACGCAGCGCCCCGAGCUGGUCUCCCACACUGCCACACUCACACACUACAGACCCUGUACUAUGUCUACUACUGCUCUCUCCCAGCUCCAGCACGCGCACGCAGCGCCCCGAGCUGGUCUCCCACACUGCCACACUCACACACUACAGACCCUGUACUAUGUCUACUACUGCUCUCUCCCAGCUCCAGCACGCGCACGCAGCGCCCCGAGCUGGUCUCCCACACUGCCACACUCACACACUACAGACCCUGUACUAUGUCUACUACUGCUCUCUCCCAGCUCCAGCACGCGCACGCAGCGCCCCGAGCUGGUCUCCCACACUGCCACACUCACACACUACAGACCCUGUACUAUGUCUACUACUGCUCUCUCCCAGCUCCAGCACGCGCACGCAGCGCCCCGAGCUGGUCUCCCACACUGCCACACUCACACACUACAGACCCUGUACUAUGUCUACUACUGCUCUCUCCCAGCUCCAGCACGCGCACGCAGCGCCCCGAGCUGGUCUCCCACACUGCCACACUCACACACUACAGACCCUGUACUAUGUCUACUACUGCUCUCUCCCAGCUCCAGCACGCGCACGCAGCGCCCCGAGCUGGUCUCCCACACUGCCACACUCAUACACUACAGACCCUGUACUAUGUCUACUACUGCUCUCCCAGCUCCAGCACGCGCACGCAGCGCCCCGAGCUGGUCUCCCACACUGCCACACUCACACACUACAGACCCUGUACUAUGUCUACUACUGCUCUCUCCCAGCUCCAGCACGCGCACGCAGCGCCCCGAGCUGGUCUCCCACACUGCCACACUCACACACUACAGACCCUGUACUAUGUCUACUACUGCUCUCUCCCAGCUCCAGCACGCGCACGCAGCGCCCCGAGCUGGUCUCCCACACUGCCACACUCACACACUACAGACCCUGUACUAUGUCUACUACUGCUCUCUCCCAGCUCCAGCACGCGCACGCAGCGCCCCGAGCUGGUCUCCCACACUGCCACACUCACACACUACAGACCCUGUACUAUGUCUACUACUGCUCUCUCCAGCUCCAGCACGCGCACGCAGCGCCCCGAGCUGGUCUCCCACACUGCCACACUCACACACUACAGACCCUGUACUAUGUCUACUACUGCUCUCUCCCAGCUCCAGCACGCGCACGCAGCGCCCCGAGCUGGUCUCCCACACUGCCACACUCACACACUACAGACCCUGUACUAUGUCUACUACUGCUCUCUCCCAGCUCCAGCACGCGCACGCAGCGCCCCGAGCUGGUCUCCCACACUGCCACACUCACACACUACAGACCCUGUACUAUGUCUACUACUGCUCUCUCCCAGCUCCAGCACGCGCACGCAGCGCCCCGAGCUGGUCUCCCACACUGCCACACUCACACACUACAGACCCUGUACUAUGUCUACUACUGCUCUCUCCCAGCUCCAGCACGCGCACGCAGCGCCCCGAGCUGGUCUCCCACACUGCCACACUCACACACUACAGACCCUGUACUAUGUCUACUACUGCUCUCUCCCAGCUCCAGCACGCGCACGCAGCGCCCCGAGCUGGUCUCCCACACUGCCACACUCACACACUACAGACCCUGUACUAUGUCUACUACUGCUCUCUCCCAGCUCCAGCACGCGCACGCAGCGCCCCGAGCUGGUCUCCCACACUGCCACACUCACACACUACAGACCCUGUACUAUGUCUACUACUGCUCUCUCCCAGCUCCAGCACGCGCACGCAGCGCCCCGAGCUGGUCUCCCACACUGCCACACUCACACACUACAGACCCUGUACUAUGUCUACUACUGCUCUCUCCCAGCUCCAGCACGCGCACGCAGCGCCCCGAGCUGGUCUCCCACACUGCCACACUCACACACUACAGACCCUGUACUAUGUCUACUACUGCUCUCUCCCAGCUCCAGCACGCGCACGCAGCGCCCCGAGCUGGUCUCCCACACUGCCACACUCACACACUACAGACCCUGUACUAUGUCUACUACUGCUCUCUCCCAGCUCCAGCACGCGCACGCAGCGCCCCGAGCUGGUCUCCCACACUGCCACACUCACACACUACAGACCCUGUACUAUGUCUACUACUGCUCUCUCCCAGCUCCAGCACGCGCACGCAGCGCCCCGAGCUGGUCUCCCACACUGCCACACUCACACACUACAGACCCUGUACUAUGUACUACUACUACUGCUCUCUCCCAGCUCCAGCACGCGCACGCAGCGCCCCGAGCUGGUCUCCCACACUGCCACACUCACACACUACAGACCCUGUACUAUGUCUACUACUGCUCUCUCCCAGCUCCAGCACGCGCACGCAGCGCCCCGAGCUGGUCUCCCACACUGCCACACUCACACACUACAGACCCUGUACUAUGUCUACUACUGCUCUUCCCAGCUCCAGCACGCGCACGCAGCGCCCCGAGCUGGUCUCCCACACUGCCACACUCACACACUACAGACCCUGUACUAUGUCUACUACUGCUCUCUCCCAGCUCCAGCACGCGCACGCAGCGCCCCGAGCUGGUCUCCCACACUGCCACACUCACACACUACAGACCCUGUACUAUGUCUACUACUGCUCUCUCCCAGCUCCAGCACGCGCACGCAGCGCCCCGAGCUGGUCUCCCACACUGCCACACUCACACACUACAGACCCUGUACUAUGUCUACUACUGCUCUCUCCCAGCUCCAGCACGCGCACGCAGCGCCCGAGCUGGUCUCCCACACUGCCACACUCACACACUACAGACCCUGUACUAUGUCUACUACUGCUCUCUCCCAGCUCCAGCACGCGCACGCAGCGCCCCGAGCUGGUCUCCCACACUGCCACACUCACACACUACAGACCCUGUACUAUGUCUACUACUGCUCUCUCCCAGCUCCAGCACGCGCACGCAGCGCCCCGAGCUGGUCUCCCACACUGCCACACUCACACACUACAGACCCUGUACUAUGUCUACUACUGCUCUCUCCCAGCUCCAGCACGCGCACGCAGCGCCCCGAGCUGGUCUCCCACACUGCCACACUCACACACUACAGACCCUGUACUAUGUCUACUACUGCUCUCUCCCAGCUCCAGCACGCGCACGCAGCGCCCCGAGCUGGUCUCCCACACUGCCACACUCACACACUACAGACCCUGUACUAUGUCUACUACUGCUCUCUCCCAGCUCCAGCACGCGCACGCAGCGCCCCGAGCUGGUCUCCCACACUGCCACACUCACACACUACAGACCCUGUACUAUGUCUACUACUGCUCUCUCCCAGCUCCAGCACGCGCACGCAGCGCCCCGAGCUGGUCUCCCACACUGCCACACUCACACACUACAGACCCUGUACUAUGUCUACUACUGCUCUCUCCCAGCUCCAGCACGCGCACGCAGCGCCCGAGCUGGUCUCCCACACUGCCACACUCACACACUACAGACCCUGUACUAUGUCUACUACUGCUCUCUCCCAGCUCCAGCACGCGCACGCAGCGCCCCGAGCUGGUCUCCCACACUGCCACACUCACACACUACAGACCCUGUACUAUGUCUACUACUGCUCUCUCCCAGCUCCAGCACGCGCACGCAGCGCCCCGAGCUGGUCUCCCACACUGCCACACUCACACACUACAGACCCUGUACUAUGUCUACUACUGACCGCGCACGGAGCCGUCGUCCCCGGCCGAGGCGAUGUACUGUCCGCUGGGGUCGAAGUCCAGGCUGCGCACGAGGCCGGCGUGGCCGCGCAUGCACUGCGCCUCGAACGUGGGGAAGGGCUGCAGCUCGCGCGGCGACGGCAGCGUCGGCACCAGCGCCUCGGGCCCGAUGGUCAGCUGCAACACGACGUCACUCAGUGUCCGCCCGGGCCGCGCCAGGCGCGCCACACGGCCCACUACGUACCCGCAUCUUGA